UCCGCCUCUCCCAAGAUGGCAGCUAGCACGACGACGGAGGAGCCCCUUCGACUGUCGGAGCUACUGGAGUCCGGCUGGCGACUGCUGGAGGAGGUGGAGGAUGGCAGCGCCGCGGAACCUUCGUCGGGGGCGCCCGCUGUGCAGCGGAAGGUGCAGCGCGGGAUCGGCCUCCUGGAACGCGCCGCCCACGCCGUCGCCGAGCUCCAGCUCUUCAGCCACAAUGAAGAGCUGGAGGAGAUCUCCUCAGCCGACCUGAAGUUCAUGCUGGUCCCUGCUCUGUUGGCGGCCUUCGUCUUGAAGCAGGUCAACCCCAGCAAGCGCCUGGAGCAUGUUCAGAGGGCCCGUGCUGGCUUCAUGGACUUCCUCAAGAUCUGCAAAGACUAUGGGAUUGGGCACUUCGAACUCCCACGGGAGAUGGAGGUGGAGAGCAGGGAUGAAAGUGAGUCCUCCAGUAGCUCCUUCAACUCCGUUCCUGGGUCUGAUCAACAGGCGGUUAUCCUUGCCAUGGCGUCCCACAGGCAGGCAAAGAUCCAAAGAUAUAAGCAGAAGAAGGAGCUUGAGAACCAGCUGGCCACCCUGAAGCCCUUCAUUGACGGUGGCCAGGCGGAGGAUGAGCAGAUCCGGGAGUUCUACUUGCUUCAUAUCAAGAAGUGGAUUAGCACAAGCCUGGAGGAAAUUGAGAGCAUUGAUCAGGAAGCCGCCAUCCUCAUUCGGCGGGAUGCCUUGAAGCAGGGUACAGCAAAUCAGCCUCCACGCCCGCUUGGGCCUCCGUUGAAGCCCUUCAUCCUGACCCGAGAUGCUGCCCAGGCAAAGGUGUAUGGCACUGGCUACCCAAGCCUGGCGACGAUGACAGUGGAUGACUGGUAUGAGCAGCAUCUAAAGCAAGGAGCCCUUCCUGAUCAGGGCAUAUCACAAGCGGCCUCAGCAGCUGCGGAAAAGCAGCAGGAAGAAGAGAAGAAAGGGGAGGAAAAGGAUGAUGAUGAAGCUUUGCGCAAAGCCCGGGAGUGGGAUGAGUGGAAGGAACUUCACCCCAGGGGCUACGGCAACCGCAAGAACAUGGGCUGACCGAGUGCCUCCUCAAGAGGAGGAGCCUGUGGCCCAAGCGCCCUCCACAAGAACCAGAGGAUUGAGCCCCCCACCCUGGUGACCUCUCUCUCUCCAGAGGAGAAGGUUUUCAAAAAGAGAUGAGGUUUUUUUUGUUGGGGGGCUUGUGUCAGGUUCCCCUGGCCAGGAAUCUGGAAGUAGUGAAAGCAUCUUCACCCAGACGGACGAUCCCUAUGGAGAAGUUGGUUAUCCCUGUUUCUUAAAGGAGUCCUCAGCAAGCUGAGUGGAUAAGCCUUGUGGGGUUAACUCAUAGUUGCUGUAACUUAUUCUUUCUUUAUUUAAAUAAAGUAACAUGAAAUGCC